AUGGCUGAGGCAGAAAGAAAUUUUCGCUCAUAUUAUUAUGAUAAAGUGGGCUUUAGAGGCGUGGAUGAGAAGAAAUCUAUCGAAAUAUUAUUGAAGGAGACACCUCUCGAUCUCAGGAAGCUAGGACAAUUUUGUUUGCGAUUUCCCUUACCUGUCGUUUAUAGGAAUUUGGUGUGGAAAGUUUUGCUCGGUGUCCUCCCCAAGCAAACAGAUGUACAUACAUUUGCACAAGAUCAACUACUGGAGCGCUACAAUGAACUCCACCAUGCUCUAAAACUAAUGAGAAAAAUAACAAAAGAUACAGAAUUAGCAACUAUGUUCCUGAAAAUGCAUCAUGUUAAUGAAGGAACGUUACUGUUCGAUGAUGAUAAGAUGCUUGACGCUGAAGAAAACAAAGCAUUUCUGUCAAUCGCUGGUGCUAUGUUAGAAAUAGCUGAAAAUGAAACUGAAGCCUUUUGGAUGACAACUCACUUUCAUAAACUACAAAAGAACUAUGUAACAUCUUUACCUGGCAUGAUUGAGAGAACAGAGUAUUAUUUAAAGCGAGAAGACAAAGAUGGAAAACUUUAUGAGCAUUUAUCUAAACACAGAGUGCUCUCUUCUCUACCCAUGAGCCUUUGGUACAAAUCAAGCUUUGCUGGAGUACUACCAGAGACAUCUUUUGAAAGAAUAUGGGACAAGGUGAUAGGAGGUUCUUGUAAGAUCCUAGUAUUCCUGAUGGUUUCUACACUAUUAACAUUAAAGAGACCUCUGCUUAGUAUGAACUCAUCACAGGAAAUCGUGCAAUAUUUGAAUAAGAUAUCGUCUGACAGUGCUGAUAUUAUAGUAAGUAAAUCCUUAGAUCUCUGGCAGAAGUAUGGAAGUUUACUAUUACCUUCUUCCAAAGGUAAUUCACCAGUUGUUAUCCAAGAAAGACCACCUAGCUAGCUAGCAUAUGUGAUACAAGCUCGCAAGAUGUUAUCCAAGAAAGACCACCUAACUAGCAUAUUUGAUAAUCAGUUGUUAUCCUAGAAAGAUGAUACAAACUUACUAGAUGUUAUCCAGAAAUAUGUGAUACAGACUCUCCAGCUGGAAAGACCUAGCAAACAUACAUGUAUGUGAUACAAACUCACCCAAAGUUAUCCAAGAAAGACUUCCUAGCUGGUAUUUGUGAUACAAAUUCACUAGAUGUUAUCCAGAAAUAUGUGAUACAGACUCUUCAGCUGGAAGGACCUAGUGAGCAUACAUGUAUGUGAUACAAACUCACCCAAAGUUAUCCAAGAAAAACUUCCCAUCUCGUAUUUGUGAUACAAAUUCACUAGAUGUUAUC